AUGUCUCGGAAACUGUCGUCUUCUUUAUGGCAGCGAACGUUUCAAGUUCUACGGCAAGAACAGAGUCCCUCAUUAUUACUCAACAAGGAGCCUAACACAACGCUAGAUAUCGUGAUCUGCGAAGACGAUGACACCAAGAAAUUCGCCGCCAUCUUGACCUGUAACCAAGAAGGCCAAACGAAGCUUUUGCGCACAGAACUCAGCCUGUGUCCAGUUGUGGCGGUUCGUACGCUCGUGGACGGUCUUCAAAAGGACACAGCGAAGCUCUUUCUGAAGUAUGCCGUGGGGUCUCAGAUACGAGGCCAGCAAGGACACACCGAUGCGGAAACCGGCAUAUUCGAGUUGUGGGACGCGGCGCACGAAAACCGAAUCUGCGGCCCGGACGAUGAUACACAGGGUCUUCUACGCAGCUGGAGUGAUGCACCAGGCGCAGAAGGUCGGCCUCCAUCUGGGCCUCGUGGCGAUGGCUAUUACGGCCGGAAUAACAAGCGCAUGCGGCCUGUCGAGCGCCCAGAAAAGCCUGUGGUAGAGACGGAGAUCGUUGAUCUCGACUACUACGACUAG